AUGAAAAUUGCUGUUGCCGGGUGCUGCCAUGGCCAAUUGGACGUUAUGUACGAUAUAAUAGAGCAGGAGGGCCAAAAUCCCGACCUUGUGCUUGUUUGUGGCGAUUUUGAAGCUCUGAGGGAUGAAGAAGACUUGAAAUCAAUGGCUGCUCCAGCAAAGUACCGAGUGAUGGGUGAUUUUCACAAGUACUUUAGAGGGGAAAAGAAGGCACCCUUUUUGACCCUAUUUAUCGGUGGUAACCAUGAAUCAAGCCGUUAUUUAUUAGAAAAACCAGAUGGAGGCUGGGUUGCCCCCAAUAUGUACUUUAUUGGCUAUGCUGGGGCAGUAAGGUUCAACGGGGUCAAAAUCGGAGGCCUAUCAGGAAUUUACAACAAUAAAAGCUAUACGAGCCCGCGAACAGAAAAAAGCCCAUUCGAUUCCAGUUCAGUGCACUCUGUAAACUAUGUUCGACAGCGUGAUGUUCAAAAGUUAUGGUUGAUGGGCAGAAACUCUAUUGAUAUAAUGCUGAGCCACGACUGGCCCGCUGGCAUCGAGCAGCAUGGAAAUUUGAAACGACUUCUUGCCAAAAAGCCUUAUCUACGCAAUGAUAUCACCAACAAUAAUUUUGGAUCGCCUCCUGCUAUGCAAUUGCUUGCUCAUCUUCAGCCUAAAAUAUGGUGCAGUGCUCAUAUACAUAUUGGAUUUACCGCCCAAUACAAACACGGUGAUCCUAAUGACCUGGUUCCUGGUGCGCGUGAAACACUGUUUUAUGCCACCGACAAGCCAUACAGACCCAACACCGUCGUUUAUUUGGAUGUGGAAGCGACAGCUUCCGACGGGCUCCAACCUGACGAAAAAUGGCAAAAAAUCCUUAGCCUGGACACCUUGAGUCCGGACAGCCUGGAGGAUAUGUGA